AUUAUUAUUAUUAUUAUUAUUAAUUUCUAUUUAAAAGAGAACAGAUUGUUUUUUAUAUAUAUUUAUAAUAGUUUCGAUAGAUUUAUACAGUAAUUAAAAAUAUAUAACGACCAUUGUAUUAUACUAAAUAACUCUAUUAAUAACGACAAUUUUAUUAAUAUUAUAUAUAACUACUGCUAUUAAUAAAGACUAAUAUUACGCAUAGCUAGUGCUAAAGAUUACUGCUGUAGUUUUUAUGACUAUUAUAACUACCUACGAUAAAUACCUCGCGUUUUAUCAUUAACUUGGUAUCUGUACGAUCAGAAAGUUCACUCGAGAAAUGUGUGAAAUUGGCCGGACAGCGCCGCGCUUCAAGGGAGGAGCCGCGCUCCGCCUCUUCGGCUCUGUGACCGUGCUGUGCCUCACCACGCUGCCCGGGUCCGGCGCCUCUCCGCUGCGCCGCCGAGGGGACUCGAGCCCGCUCCUGCUGCACGGGGACCAGGUGCGGCUGAGACACCUGUACACGGCUAACGAGAGGACGAGCCUGCACCUGGAAAUCGACGCGGAGGGCAGCGUGCGCGGAUCGACGGAGCAAAACGUUUACACUCUGCUUGAGAUCAAAUCUGUGCAGCCCGGAGUCACAGUGAUCCGCGGACUGAAUUCAGCACACUACCUCUGCAUGGACCACAGGGGCAGACUGCAUGGAGCUCGGAGCUACAGCGAGCCAGACUGCAGCUUCCAGGAGCUGCUGCUGCCGGACGGGUACAGCGUCUUCCUGUCCGCGCAACACUCCGCAGUCGUCUCCCUCGGCCCUGCGCGCCACCGGCACCACUCCCCCGGGAAACGGCUCCCCCCUCUCUCUCAGUUCCUCCCGGUGCUCAGCCUGCUCCCUCCUCAGCCCCAGCCUGCAGAAUUCGAGGCCCUGGCACUCCAGGGGUUAAUCGCUCACCGCUUGGACCUGGAUUCCGAGGACCCCUUCGGGGCGUCCUGGGGGGGCGGCCAGGUGAACCCCAGUUUUAUCAACAAGAAAUAAUAAACCCAACGUCCUUAAGGUUGGAAACUGGCUCCAUUUUGGCUCUGACUUAUU